AUGUCAACUCUUCCAGCUGAGACGCAAUCUGACCCUACUCAGGAGAGCGGUAGGACUCGUGUUAGUGAAACGCGUGAGUACCUCCCUGAUGUGAAGCAUGAAGUUUUCAAGCACUUCAAGCUUAUCAAGAAAGAAGAUGGCAAAGCGCAGCUGUACGAAUGUAGGUACUGCUUCGCGGUUUUUGCUGGAGCCGCCAUUCGUUGCGCUCAACACUUGUCAUCGUGGAAGGGCAUGAAGCGUCGCGAGGUCUCUCUUUGCAAGGAGGCCCCGCAUUCAGUGCGCCAGGACAUGCGCGCCAAGUACGAGGCCAAGGCGGCUGCUGCAGAAGAGCGUCGCAAGGCGACGGCUGUUGCCAUCGUCGCCGUGACUAAUGGCGCAAAGAGGACGCGCAUCACGGACUACAUCGAGGGUGAUGCGGCUACGGCGAGACGCGAAGCUCACGAUUCAAUUUGCCUCAUGGUCGCCGCCCUCCGCCUCCCGGAGCACAUCGUGGAUCAUCCCCUAUUCAUCAACGCCCAAUGCUGCGAUGGGAUUGAUGCUGGGCUGGCAACAAUCAAGUCGAGCUGGAAGCGGACCGGUGUGACCAUUUCAUCCGACAUGAUGACGGAUAAGGCUGGCCGGCCUCAGGCCAACAUCUUCCUCGUCAAUGAUUCCGGCGCCGUCUUCAAGGACUGCAUCGAUUGCCGUAUGGAGUCCAAGACCGGUGGCUACGUGGCCGGGAUUAUCAAGCCGGUGGUGGAAGAGGUGGGGCCCGAAAACGUGGUGGCCUUCUGUACCGAUGGGGGAUCAAAUUACGCGGCCGCGUGCAAGGAGCUGAUUUCCGCGUGGCCGCACAUUGAGACCCCGGAGUUGGUGGGCGCAACUGUGCUGCAGGCUCUGAAGCCGGCUGGGACACGCUUCGGGACACAGUAUAUUACUGUGUCCCGCCUUUGUCAGCUGCGGAAGGGGCUGACGCAGAUGGUCGUUAGCGAUUUGUGGAAGGAUUGGGCAGUGGGGACGCGGAAGCUGUCGGCGGAUGCUUUUGCCGCGCUCAUCCUCGAUGCGGCUUGGUGGAAGACUGCCGAGUUCUUCUGCAAGAUGAUGCAGCUCCCCUACAAGAUCAUGAGGGAGACCGACGGGAAGGCGAAGGGGAUGAUGGGGAGAAUUUAUGAUGUCAUGCUUCAGUUGACCGUGGAGUUGGAAGAGCUGGUGGAGGCGGAUGAAGAGCAGCUCAGCAAGGUCGUUAAGGCUCAGAUCCGCAAGAUCCUGAAAAACCGCUGGGAUGGGAGCCUUGCCUGCGCUUUGCACGUUGCGGGCAGAAUCCUCAACCCGGCAAACAAGGAUGAGGAUAUUUUCGGAAGCGACGCAGAGUGCACAAAGGUUUUCAAGACCUGGAUCGUGCAGCAGAGCGAGUAUCUCAAGAGCACUGGGAAGGCGGGGGGAGAAGGGGAUGAGUGCUUGAUUGCCCUGCAGGAGGGGGUGCGGGCCUUUUUGGACAUGAAAUUGAGCUUCGGCCAGCCAGACGCGAUUGCACAGAGGGCCCUGGUGAAGAAGGGGAAGUAUGACAGCGUUAAAUGGUGGCAGUGGCAUGGGACUGAUGCGCCUCUGCUGGCGUUUUGCGCCAUCAGAACCCUCUCACAGCCCGUGUCAGCCUCACCCUGCGAGCGCGGUUGGGCAGCGUUUGAGUCAGUCCACACCGCACGCCGAAACCGUCUUGGAUCAGCCAAAUGCAGGGAUCUGGUUUUUGUUGCGCACAACUGGAAUGUUGUGCGCAACUGGCAUUCUCGUGCGGAUGUGAUGCCCGGAGAACUGCAGGGGAACAUGGAAGACCCACCUCUGCCCGAGGGCUACAAGCUGGUGGAGGAGGCAGAGGAGGAGGAAGGGGAGGAUGAUGUGUUGAUGGAUGAGUAUGAGGACUAG